AUGUGUGGAAUAAGCCCUGGGUUCGGUCGUGGAGUAUCUCCUUUCCUGUCUCGUAGGUUUACAAAGAAUCUCUCUCCAGACAAAAUCAACCUGAGCACACUGAAAGGGCAGGGGCAGUUGACCAACUUGGAGCUGGAUGAAGAGGUGCUGCAGAAUGUGCUGGAGCUGCCCACCUGGCUCGCCAUCACCCGGGUCUACUGUAACAAGGCAUCCAUCAGGAUCCAGUGGACAAAGCUGAAAACACACCCAAUCUGCCUGUACCUGGAUAAGGUGGAGGUGGAGAUGCGAACAUGUGAAGAGCCUCGGCCACCCAACGGACAGUCUCCCAUUGCUCUUGCUGCAGGUCAAAGUGAAUAUGGCUUUGCUGAGAAGGUCGUGGAGGGGAUGUUUAUUGUUGUCAACUCCAUCACCAUCAAGAUUCACUCCAAGGCCUUUCAUGCUUCUUUCGAGCUAUGGCAGCUCCAAGGCUACAGCGUCAACCCAAACUGGCAACAGAGCGACUUGCGGCUCACCCGCAUCACUGACCCACAGAGGGGAGAGGUUUUGACAUUCAAAGAGCUCACUUGGCAGACACUUCGGAUAGAAGCGGAUGCCACUGACAAUGGCGAUCAGGAUCCUAUCACUACUCCUCUGAGACUCAUUACCAACCAGGGGAGGAUCCAGAUCUCUCUCAAGAGAAGGACCAAAGAUUGCAAUGUGGUGGCAUCUAAGCUGAUGUUUCUCCUUGAUGACCUGCUCUGGGUGCUGACAGACUCUCAGCUGAAAGCAAUGAUGAAAUACGCAGAGUCUCUGAGUGAAGCCAUGGAGAAGUCUGCCCAGCAGAGGAAGAGCUUGGCACCGGAGUCUGUACAGAUCACACCACCUGCUCCAAGUACCCAGCAGUCCUGGUCUCAGCCAUUUGGAGCCAGCCUGAAUGCAAGCAGUAUCAGUCAAUACUUUGAUAAGCACGACAUGAAAGAGUCGUCGUACCACCUCCUCAUCUCACGCUUGGACCUGCAUAUCUGUGAUGACAGCCACACUCGAGAGUCAGGCACUUUGAAGCACGGGAUGCUGGGAGGUGCCAUACAGCUCACCUUCAGGAGGAUGGCUUUUGACUAUUAUCCUUUCCACAGGGCAGGAGAUGCCUGCAAGCAUUGGGUGCGGUACAGUGAAGCGAUGGAAACACGGGGACAGUGGGCAAAGAAGUUGGUCAGUGAAUUUCAAAGCAAGAUGGAGAAGCUUUAUGAAGAAACAGACCCUGCAUUUGCCAGGACUCCACUUUCCCCCUUCAAAAGGAAACCAGACGCUUCGUUGAGUCCUCAGAAGAGUCCCUUAGAGAAGGGCCGUGUACCUCCCACCAGUUUGCCGCGGCUCCGGCACCCUCCCUGGAACCGGCUUCGCUCCAGCUGUGUGGUAGUUCGAGUGGAUGACUUGGAUGUUCACCAGGUUUCUACAGCUGGUCAACAAAGUAAGAAGCCUUCCACCUUGCUUUCAUGUAGUAGAAAAUUCUUCAAACUUCCUGAGCAGGUCUCUGCAAUCCAUAUUGAGUUCACAGAGUAUUACUUCCCAGACAAUCAGGACUUUCCAGUUCCGUGCCCAAACCUGUAUGUACAGCUGAAUGGCCUGAUGCUUACCCUGGAUACAGCGAGUGUGCUCUGGAUAAACCUCUUCUGUCUGGAUCUUUAUCGCAGCUUGGAGCAGUUCAAAGCCAUCUAUAAGCUGGAGGACUCAGGCAAGCAUGAUGAGCACGUUGAUGUUCGACUGGAUGGCUUCCGGCUGAAGCUUAACAUCCCCGUGGAGAAGAAAGUCACUGACCAUCAAGAUCGUCCACAGACGCUCUGCAUUUGCACAUCAGAGAUGACAGCCACCAACACCCGCCACGCUCCGUUCUGCACCUGCCAGGACCUCCAGAGCCUCUUCCGUAAAUUUGCCAGUUCAGAAUUCUUCCACUCCAGCUACACUAAGUUCCCAAGGUCUCAGGACAAUUUCAGUCUCCUCCACACCCUUUUCUUGCGCCAUGCCUAUAAGGUAGAUGAUAAGCCUCAGAAGCAUCCAGGCUUUCCCCAGCUGCUACAUAAAACCUCUGCCUCUGAAGAUCUGUGGUCAAUGAAUUUCACUGAGCUUUCCCUGGACUUUGAGGGGGCUGAAAGCUCCAAGGGCAGAGCCCUUAGCUUUAUUGACCCUUUUCCCCUUUCCAUUUGGGCCUGCCUUCCCAAGAGAUGGGGGCAAGCUCAGAUAUCUAAACGACAGGCAUUGGCUGCCUCAGAGUUGAAAAUCAAGCCUUCUGCCAGCUUUAGCAAUCACUCCAAGAAUGAGAACCUUUCCAGAGAACAUGGGGUUUGUCAAAGAUCGAAGACAGACCAGGAUCUGAAGAACAUCUCCAAGGUCCCAGAGACAAUGGAUGUCCUGGGAGAAUCUGACUGUGAAGUUGAUGAUGGAGUAGAUGAGAAGGAGCUGGAAGCCUCUGCAGAUAUCCAUGUGCUUGUGUCCUCAUCUGUUCAUGUCAAAGUUCGUCUCAACCACUACCAAUACUUGGUGCUGCUCAGGAUGAAAGAAGUUCUGCAAACACUACAGGAGCAGUUGGCCCAAGACACCCAGGAGGUGACUGGGUCUCCUUUAGAUUCUCUGUCAGCUUGUGUAGGGGUUGUGUUCCAUAGUGCUGAAGUGGCCCUACUCAUGAACCCUGCUCCAGGGGUCUUGGAGCCCAGAUCCCUUGACUCGGACACAACGAGCCUGAUCGAGUCCGAGCUCUCGCCUUCAGACAGCAAGGAGGGACUGGUGGCUGAAGAGAAGGAGCUGAAAUCAGAGAGCAGUUCGGAGAAGGGGGUGGGCAGUACCUCAGAGGUCCCAGAGGGCAGUGGCAUUGAAACUACAGGUACCAGUGUAACCAGUGCACCACUGGAGAGACUCCCAAGAUCCGCAAGCGAUGGAGCUCUGAGUACAGCUCCACAUAGUAAGAGCAUAGAGGAGAAAGGUUUGAUAGAGGAAGCACAUGAAGCUGAGGAAGCACAUGAAGCUGUGGAAGCCCUGGUUGCAGAAAGACCAGCGGAGACCAGCAGCCAUCCUCAGAGCCCUCCCGCUCUCCCUGCUAGCCCGACCUCAGACAAACAGCCCUUGGAGAGGGGAAACAUCACUCUCAAUGGCCAGGCAGAACUCAUCCCUUUGAAGAACAUAGAGGUGGAAUUGUCUAGUGCACUGCAUAUCACAAAGGAUGCCACCAAGGAAGCUCUGCAUGUGACUAUGGACCUCACCAAAGAAGCCAUGUCUAUAACAAAAGACGCUCUGAGCCUGAGCCGGGAGAAGAUGACCUCCACCAUGCAGAAGAUGCUCUCUCUCCCCCCAGCCAAGGAUUCCAUGCCCAAAGCAGAAGAGGGAGCAGUGACUCCAGGUGGGGGUGGCAGCGGCCGCAUGCGUUUCUUCUCCAUGAAGAGGACAUUGUCCCAGCACUCCUUCGACACCACGUCUGUGGACGGGAGCGGCCCCGAGGACGGGCUGUCUGUGGACAGCGACGGCAGCGACGGCUUCGUGAUGCUCACAGACUCUGAACCCAGCCUGGACCCUCUUCCCUCAGGGCAUCUUCCUCAGGUCCACAAUGACACAGGCAGUAGAGGAAGCCUGAUGGCAGAGGACGAGGGUGGAGCAUCUCCUGAAAUAAACAGCUCCACUUCACAGAGUGAAGACCCCAGCCUUCAGCUGGUGUCUGUCCUGGUGUUGAAGAUGAAUGAGGUGAACUGUGGAAUAGAGGCACGAGGCGAUGAUUUGUCUGUUGCUUUACAAGUAAUGAACGUGGUUCCAGAGCAACUGAACAACGUUGGGAUGUGGCAGUAUUUGCGUGGUUAUCUGGCUCUAGGAGAUCCAGAUGUCGAGAAGCCUUCAGUCCCUGAAGUUAGUAAGACCCAGCCAGAAGUGUGUUUGCGUCUUGAAGUGGGCCCUGGCGCUGCCGUGCGUUCACCCCUCGCUGUUCAGAACGGCUUCCUGCAUAUGCUGGUCCACAGUUACACAGCUGAGCUCUUCAUGUCCUUCCUUACCAACCUUGGCCCCUUUCUUGAGGAUGAAAUAAUCCCAGAGGUGAUCCCCAUGGAGAUAGAAGUUGUGGAUGCCAAAAUCACGUUGAAGGAUGACAGCCCCCGGGUAUACCCCACCUCCCCUGGCCCUGUUCCUAUCACCUUGGCAGUAGAUCACGUCAUUGUGAAGCGCAGAGAUGAUGGAGUGUUCUAUGUAACAGCUCCACAAGGGGAGGGCCCACCAAAACAGGAAAAACCUGUGUCAGUUCUGCAGGAGCAGAAGGCCCCAGCGGAGGGUGUCUCGGCCCCGGCAGCGGGAACACGUGGACUGCAGUUAAAGGAAGUGCCAGAGUUGCAAAGGGAGCUUCAGACCAUGAAAAUAGCCCUUGCGGAAGCCAACAUGGACAAGGCUCGCCUCCUGCAGGAAAUUAGGAAAUACAAUCCCCUCUUCCAGCUUUGACAGAAGGCGCGGGCUGCAGGUGCUCAGGAGGAGUGACCACCACCAGCACUACGGCGGCUUGUUCCAUGGUAUCGCUGCUCCACGGGCCACCCUCCUGGAGACCGAUCGCCUCGGAGAAUGGGAACCAACGGUGAUGGCAAAAAUGAACUUAAAAGAGGGAGAAAGGAAGGAAGGAAGGCCUGGCUGAGCGUGAGGGAAGGAACAAGGAGGAGUUACCUGUUUGCAGUCACUUUUCUCUGCCCUGGCAGUACGGUGCUGCCCCUGUCACUGAACCAGGGCACUGGUCAGCCUGCGAACAAAAAGUCAGAUGUUGGGAGGAUGCUCCAUGUCUCUUCACCCAUGACAGUGGGCUUUCAGCCUUCAGCUUUCGUGGCAACACCUAGAGAUAGUUUCUGCCUUCCUCGUUGUGUUCUUGCCCUAUCACACACGUCAACACAGCGAGGAGCGUAGUUGCUUCACCACAUCAAGGAGUGACAGAGUGGGUAUGGCAGAAAACGUUGCUCAGAGCUCUGAUGUGAAAGCCUGUGUCAGGGCGUGUAUGGGAGAUGCAGAAGGGAUUUCCCUCUGUGGAGGAAGGGACUACAGCUCAGUAUUCACUCAAAAGCAGCGUCAGAUUAGUAAAGAAAUUCCUUCAGCUUCUUUUUUCACCAGUGAUUUGUUGUGUCAAGACAGAAUCGGUAGUAAAUUAGCCUGGUUCAUUCUCACUUAAUCCCACAAUCUUUGGCUUUAUUGAUGUAGAAACACAAAGGAAUUAAUUUAUUUUAUUACAAAGCACUGGUUAAGCUUUCUUUAAUUUUACUGUCGAAGAACAGGGAUGAAGGAAGUCAAUUAAGUCAUCGAAUGAGGUGACCUGUGUGUUUUCUUUGGGAUGCUCACUGUCCUGACACCAUUGUAUCCCAGAGUUUCACAGCUGAGAGAGCAGUUCUGGCUGCACAAGGGAAUCGCUGUCUGUGUUCCUGCACACUCGUGUAUUUUUAUUAGCACUGAGCUCUCACCUGGUCUUAAAUGUCUUUUAAUGGGGAUAUUGGUGUGUGGAUCAGAGGCUUUCACUACGGACUGCUCGUUAUGGGCUGGAGAUGAGGAGCAGCAGUUGGGUUGAGCGAGGUUUGUAUUCCUGCCUCUUCUGGAGCUGCUUCCCUGAAGAGGAAGAAGUGUCUCUGGUUGGUGAUUGACUUAACUUAUAAAGAAAUAGCCUCUAGAAGUGUGGAGGGGAAGAAAGAAGGGAGAAGCUGUUGCAGAGAACUUGCUCUCUGGAUACAGAGGGUUGUGACUUCCAGCCCCCUCCCGUUACACACAGCGUCUUUACUGUGUGCUGAGUUUGCUGGAGUUUGUCUUAUUUCAAACUUUGAUUUGGAUUUUUCCAGAUGCCUUUUGUGUUCAUGUAAAUGUACCAUUUCUGAUGCACAGGCUUUUUAGUGCAUGUGAGACAGGUAGCAGUGGCCACACACUAUGUGCUAGGGAAAGUGACAGAUUAUACGAUUCUCCUUUAUUAAUUGGAUAAUAAUUUGUCUAUAGUGGUUAGGUCACCCUUAUUGUGUGUUUUGGCUGAACACACUCCCUAAAACUUGAAUGGAUUUUUCUGUUUUUUAAUAUGUAAGCAUUACUCCACUGAAAUUAGUGUAGCUAAAGUAAUACAAGAGAUUAAUCAUGUUCACUCUGCAAGGAGCGGCCUCGGAUUUCCAAGCCACGAUGAGCUGAGGCCUGGAAACUGCACAAAAGCAAGGAGUUAGGUUUGGUUUUUCUGCUGUGCUUUUGGAUACUCAUCCCUUUGCCCAGCUCUGGAGCUGUUGAAGGCUUCCCUUAGCGGGCACUCCUGAGAUCAUCUGAGCUUUUCUUUAGUGCCAGGGGAAAUGGGGACGUAUUCGCGGUGCUGGGCUGGAUGCAGAGACUCUGCUGUCUGUGGUUUGCGCAGAGCCAAGAGCAAAUUCCUUGUGGUUGGUAGCUUUCACUUUGAAAAACAGAGGGUAUGUCAGAGAGGGACGGUGAUUAAAACAACUGUCACUCUUCAGAUCAUCAUCUUAAUUCCGUGUGUGACUCCAUUAGACUGAAGGGAGCUCCAAAUAACGUUUGUUGGAAUGAGUCCAGGGUUGAGCAGACAGCGUGGGGCAGGCAGUGCUGCCCCAGUCCAGUAUUUCUGCCAAGAUCUGACUGACCAGUGCCUACAGCCAGACGUGACAGGGGCAGCCAGAGCCUGACCUUCCUUCUGGAAGCAGGGUGCCACGAGGGAAACCAAACGGAGGGGUGCUCCUUUGGCAGCACCACGGGAGCUGAGCUGUGGGAGGCUUCACCUCAGUUCCCCGGGUCAGCUCAGAUGUUGGGGUGCUGUGGCUCAGCACCCACUUACCUGGGCUGGCUUUGAUGUUGGGGUGCUGUGGCUUCUGCCUGUUGUUUUCCCCCCGCCAUGGGAGAGGCUCCCUCCUCCUCCUCGUUCCUGUCCAACAGCCGGGCUCCUUCCUCUGGAGCACGUUCUGUGACCCAGCCUCUGCCGGGAGAUCCCUGGUGCUGCCUGUGAUGGAAGAUGUUACCGGGGCAGCCCGUCAGGCCUCUUCUCGAGAGGAAAAUGCACUUUAACUUUUUAAGCGUCAGCGGGCAUUUCCUUCACCAAUGCUGCCUCCUGCACAGAGUAACCCCGAGGUAACAGCAGGGGUUCUGCAAUGGGAUUAUCUUCCGUAGUGACCCAGAGUUUUGCUGUGAGCAGUUCUUGUAGCAGCAGAGAAAGGAGGUGAUGAAGCAUCUGUGUAUCUAGAGCUGCUGUGAAACAAAUCCUCUGCCAAGAGCUCACUGUAAGUACCAUUAACAACUGCACAAAGCCCCCACAAAUUCCAACUUUUAGUCAAACCUUCCCGCUUCUGCGCUUGCUCCCUCUUCUGGUGUUGAAGCAAGAAAUAGAAGAAUGCUUGCCUUAGGUGGAAUGCAAUGGUAUUCUUACUUUUUUAAUUCACUAAUUGCUUGAAAAUGGGAGGUUUCUUUCUUCUCUCUCAUGUUUUCAUGAUUUUUUUUUUUGUUUGACUAGGUGUCCAGCUUCAGAAAUGAGUAGGGUGUGAAGGGUUUUCUUGGAGGUGGUGCCUGUUUGCCGUGUCCCUCAGCUCCUGCCCGCUCCCUCCCACGAGGGCAGAGGCAGCAGAGCUGGGACCAGGCCGUUUACAGCAAAUUUCUUGCUCCAGCAACUCACGUUAAAUGGUUUUGCUUAAAAGUGAAAGGAUUUCCAUUGUUUUGUUUCCAAAUACCAGUAAAAAGUACUGUAAAACAAAAUCCAUCUCCUCUCUACGAGGUGUAUGUGUGGGAGGGCAAAAACUCCGCUGUCUCCACUAACGAUGAUUAGCAAAGUUUACUUUGUAGAGCCUUUUAUUUAAGGACUCUGUGUUAUAACGAGAGCCAACUUCAGUCCUUUGUGUAACUCCAACGCAGUUACCCCGGGAAGAGCACGUGGCCUCAGCAUCUCUUACAUUUCAGGCGUGCUCUGGGGGCCUCCUGUACCCCCAGGUGGGUGAUGUGCAAGUCUCAACUUGAAUUUGAGUUUUGGGCAGUAUUGGAACUUGGUUGCAGUAUAUUUCCACUCAUGCAUUUAUUGGUUCUAUGAACCAUGAAAAGAAAUUAAACUUGUUAACCUCCUUA